GAUCACAAAUAUGUGGAGUUUGACUUCCUUAUCAAUGGCCAGUUCUUGCGUCUGCCGCUGGUCACGCACAUGGAAAUGGAAAACAUCUCCACAGAAGAAGUGGUGGAAAUAGAAUAUGUGGAGAAAUAUAUGGCCCCUCAGCCAGAGGAAUGCAUCUUCCACGAUGACUGGAUCAGUUCUGUUCAAGCCACUGAAGAAUGGAUAUUAACUGGCUGCUAUGAUCACACUGCUCGAGUUUGGUCUUUGGAAGGGAAAUCCAUCAUGACAAUAGCUGGGCACACAGAAGUAGUGAAGGAUGUGGCGUGGGUGAAGCAAGACAGUUUGUCGUGCCUGUUACUCAGUGCUUCUAUGGACCAAACUGUCCUGCUGUGGGAGUGGAACGUGGAGAAGAACAAAGUGAAGGCCCUUCACUGCUGCAGGGGACACGCAGGGAGCGUGGACUCCAUUGCUGUGGAUUGCACAAGAACUAAAUUCUGCAGUGGAUCCUGGGAUAAGAUGUUAAAGAUCUGGUCUGCAGUACCUACAGAUGAAGAGGAUGAGAUGGAAGAAGCAGCUAACAGACCACGGAAAAAGCAGAAAACUGAACAACUGGGACUAACAAGAACGCCUGUGGCAACCCUCUCUGGCCACACAGAAGCUGUCUCCUCUGUGCUGUGGUCAGAGGCUGAAGAAAUCUGCAGUGCUUCAUGGGACCACACCAUUAAACUCUGGGAUGCUGAGACCGGAGACCUCAAAUCAACUUUGACAGGGAACAAAGUGUUCAACUCUGUCUCCUACUCGCCGCUGUGCCGGCGCCUGGCCUCGGGCAGCACUGACAGACACAUCAGGCUGUGGGAUCCUCGCAGCAAAGAUGGCUCCUUGGUUCUCCUGUCUCUGACAUCUCACACAGGCUGGGUGACAUCUGUGAAGUGGUCACCUACCCACGAGCAUCAGCUCAUCUCUGGUUCUCUGGACAACAUUGUGAAGCUCUGGGACACGAGGAGUUGCAAAGCUCCUCUGUAUGACUUGGCUGCUCAUGAAGACAAGGUUUUGUGUGUGGACUGGACAGAAGCAGGGCUGCUACUGAGUGGAGGAGCAGACAACAAACUGUAUUGCUACAGAUACCCAGCUACAGCCUCUGAUGUUGGAGCAUGAAGGGCAACAGCCAGAAGACUUUUUUUUUUUUUUAAAGAUUUUUUUCACUCUCUGUUAGCAUCCCUAGACAGCCAACAUCUAAAAAAAGGAAGGGUUUGGCUGCUCAGAGAGCUGUUCCCAUUUUUUGUAUUGAUAACCCAUAUCCACAUUUGUCACAGAAAAAUGGCCAUUAGUAUUUAUCAAUGUGGUUGGUGUGAAACAAAGCAAAGGGCAUUGCCUUCCUU